GUCUGCCAUCUUCCUAAGCGACCUCAUUACACCAUAUCAAAGUUCCAUUAGAAAUCGACCAAUGGCAUCCAAACGCAUAGAAAACAGAGAUUUUUAUUUAUACCAAAAAGAAAUCACAUAUUCAGUACAUUGUUAAAACAUUAGUGUUAUUAAUUGUUGCGUGCUUACGAAUGCACUUCGUUGCAACUCUUACUUUCUUUAUGUGGUUGAUGCAGCUAUAUAAUUCCUCGUGUUAGCCACCGGACAUCCGCUACGGCAGCUUCUACUUGCAGUUGAUCGAGGCAUCGGAUCGAGGUGUAAGCAGUCCUCGAACUCCACGAUCACGUCGUUAAAGUUUGAAAUAAUAUUGCUACAAUCCCUCCGUAUGGAUCGCAAGUCCGCAACCGGUCGUCCGCGAGUGAAACGUAAGCCCGAACAGUCCGCACCACACGCAAACUCAUCCGUAAUUUCAUUUUAUCACACACACAUAUACAAGUGCAAUUGGUAAUGCAUACGACUUAGUUUUUGUCGGGCAUUUUAUCGGUGAAAUUGGCUUGGAAAAUGAUUCUCAAUCAUUUUCAAGUUCAGUUACAUAAGUGCGCGUGCAGGAGAAUCGGUGCGGAAUGGCGGAUGUUCGGUGGUGCUUGGCGGUGAGGUGCGUGCCCGUUAUAAACUCGCUGCCGCCACUUCACCGGUCAGUUGUCGCUGGGCUACCCUCAUAAACGUAUUUUUUCAUAUUUUUAGUGUUGUGCGCGUUAAAAAUAAAAAUGAGUUCCACAUUUCGGAUAGCUCUUGUUUCGCUUAUCUGUGCGGUGGUGGUCGCCGGACGCGUCCAUGGGCCGAGAAGGUCACGCAGAAUGGACGCGGAGGACUACCAGAACGAAGUGGACAGCGGCAGAGCCGACGAAAGCUCGUGGUGGCAAUCACCGGAGUUCUCCAUGUUACAAAAAGUGUACGACGAUUGCAGUGCGCAUAAACAUUUAACGACAUGUUUGAAGGGUAAAGCUUUAACGGCACUCACAAGAGCAGUGGAACAGGAGAACGUACAACUGGCCGAUGGAUUGACAUUGGUGAAACAGUCCGAUGCACCUCCUGCGAUGGCGGAGCCUCGAUUCUUCCCUGGAAUGUCAGCUGAAGAAAAACUCGACACCAUGUUACGCAGAAAAUUCGAACAAUUAUUGAACACUCAUUCUGUGUCACUCGAUUUGUCGACGGAAGGUAGAGGAAGAGGAAAGAAGGUCCUGCCAUAUAUGAUGCUCGGUGUGCUCACCACUGUUAGCAUAGUGGGCGGUAUGGCUCUGAAGACCUUAGCUGUCAUUGCCGGUAAGGCGCUCAUUGCCAGCAAGGUCGCUUUGACAAUUGCCGGUAUCAUUGCCCUCAGGAAACUAUUCAGCCAAGAAGGACCAGCUGCUGAAACAACGUUCCAAGUCCACGCCGAUGGACAUCAUAGGCGGAACCUGUACGUGGUGCGGCCGGUUAAAGAGAGCGCGCUGGACCCUUACCUAUACAAGGGGGAACAGCCAGCGCCAAGCGCCUAAAAGCAAGCCUUCGAACACUUUCUGAACCUCACCAUUUGUUGUUCUCAUGGACCCAUACGUAUGAAAGCCUCAAGCCAAAGCAUUGACACUAUAGUGACAAACUUAGAACAUUCGAAUAUAUGUCAGUGAAUAAUUUAUUAUAAUUUAUUGUAUUGUGACAAUAUGACAAUUGUAUUUAGGUAUGAAAAUGUAAAAUAAUUUAUUGAAAUUAUGUAAGAUACAA